AUGCGUGGGAAUAUCAAAGACUGGACCAUGUUCAUCGGUACACGUUGUCGUGAUCCACGACGAUGUAAAAGUUGGUGGCUGAAGCCAAGCAAGGUGUACUUCCAUGAAAAUUUCAAUGGAUGUGAUGGACAGAACGAUAUUGCAAUACUAGAACACCAUGAAAAUAUUCCAACUUUCAUGGCAACACCUAUUUGCUUGCCAGGAAAAGGCCUCGAGCUGCAAAGUAACCUUAGUGCGGCGGGCUCUGGUAUGACAGGACAUUUCAAUACAACGUCAGAAGAUGCUGACUACCUUGGUUACGACAGCUCUUUCGAUUUUUUUACCGAUGUACGCACUUAUGUGGAUUGGAUUUGCGACAAGACCGGAGCUUGCCCACCGGAAGAACUGGAGGAACCGGAGGAAGCGGAAGAACUGGAGGAACCUGAGAAAGUAAUGGGUUCUCCAGCAGCCGGAGAAAUGCUUGCCCAAUUUGCAGUUCGUGCAAAAAAUGCAUUAAAUUGGUUUAAUAAUUUUCCUAAUCUUAAAACCAUCCUACAUAGCCUGUAA